ACGUCGGUUCACUACUAUAUAUAUUAAGCGUAAUGAAGCUAAGGGAAGGAGUCUGUGGAAUUAUCUGUCGCUCUUAAAAACAUUUUCUCUUUGCUUGCCUGUCAUUUCGAAGUCGCAAACAACAUAAACAACUAUGACGUUCCGUUGGAUGACAUGUAUUCUCUCAAUCAUGAUAAUUCUUUUAUACUCAAAUUCAAAUUGUGCAAACGCUGAUGAAGCAUUGAAGAGAGUUCAGAGUAGAUGCAAAGAAGAAAUGGCUGACCUACAUGCUGACGAAAAUUGCGAAAAGUUCAAGGUCCUGUUAACUUGUGUAGCCAAAUCAAACACAUCAUUUGUCAACGAGUUUGUGCAAAGGAGUGAUUUGAAUUGUAGAUUCUCUCCAGAAUUUAUAGAGAGCUUACAAAGAUACCAAUCAACUGAAAGCCAAACUGUCACCAAAUCUACAGAUACACAAGAUGGGAGCUAUGCCAGCAAAACAUUCGCAUUGAUCAUUGUCCCAAUUGUAAUGUCCAGCAUAUCUGUCUUAACUUUCUUUGCUCUAUACAACUGAUAGAGCCCACAUUCAUCAUAUCUAGAGAAUUUAAAUUAUGGUGGAUAUGGAUUCUCAAAUUUAAAACUAUUGGAGAUCAUGAAGAGAACAGAAUUUUAUUUUAAAUAUUUUAUGCCUGAUCGCCAGUCAUCAUCAUUUGUUAUUUUUGGGAUGUGUACAUAUCCACUAAAAUGGUUACUGGGCUGAUGUCUACACUGGGUUUAUUAUCAGCAAGUGAUAAAUGUGGUAUUAAGAAUAGUGGAAUGAGUGAAGACAAAGCUAUGAUAAUACUCCAGAUGAAUGAUAAAUCUGAGCAGACACAGUACCAUUUGAGCAUAUAAGCAUAUAUAUAUAUAUAUAUAUAUAUAUAUAUAUAUAUAUGUGUGUGUGUAUACAUAAUUAAAAUUAGGGUUCAGCAAGAAUUGCUUCACCACACACCGAAAAUUAGAAAUAGCAGUCAAAACUACUAUUUCUCUACCAAAAUAUAUCUCCCAGCCAGCAACACUUGCCACUAAAACAUAGGCAAAAAAGAAAAAAUAACGAAUCUAACCAGCUCUGAUUAACUGUAUACGCGUUUCAGGAUUAAAGAGGUGUAAAUUAUAUUACCCGAACUUACUUCCUUCAUCAGUACAGUAUUUCAAAAUUAUAAAUCCGAAAAUGUUAAUAAAAGAAUAAGUAAUUCAAUCAAGCGACAUCAAACGAUUAUCCAGGAAUAGCAUUUCCGCAUUCAUAUAGACGAGCAAGAAAAUCGUAUCAUUCCUCAAUUACCCACGUGUGCUACGAGUAAUCCCGCAGAAAACUGCAGUUUACUAUCAGGGAGUAAAUAAAUUCUCACAGAUAUAGGGUAAAAAUUAAUAAUUAAUGAAUAAUUAGUAAUUUUACCAAGUAGUUUGGUGUGUUAAAAAACCAUUAUCAGUAAACUUAUAUAAACAUAAUAAAAUUAGGAUUCAACAAGAAUUGCUUCACCACACACCGAAAAUUAGAAAUAGCAGUCUUGUUUGCCUAUGUUUUAGUGGCGAGUGUUGCUGUCUGAAAGAUAUAUUUUGGUAGUGAAAUAGUAGUUUUGACUGCUAUUUCUAAUUUUCUGUGCGUGGUGAAACAAUUCUUGCUGAAUCCUAAUUUUAAUUAUGUUUAUAUAAAUUUACCAAUAAUGGGUUUUUUUAACACACCGAACUACUUGGUUAAAAUUAAUAAUUAAUUAAUUAAUUUUUACCCUGUAUCUGUAAGAAUAUAUAUAUAUAUAUAUAUAUAUAUACCGUAAAAACCCAUGUAACUUAUACACUUUUUUUCACAAAAGUAAAAAUGAACUUUAGAGAGGACGUAAACUAUAUGAGUAGGUCAUUUCCAGAUUUUUGUUUUGUUGAAAAAGACGUACAAAAUGUAAGCAUUUGUAUCGGAAGUUGACUCAUUUAAUGAGCUUAAAUAUAAUGAAGUUGACUUUUAUUUAUGCUGGACAGUAUAAUGCUUACUUUUUCUGUAUAAAUUUACUAAAACCAUUAAAUGGUUAACUACUUUUUGAAGUCUGACGUACAUGCUAUAUUUUACAUAUUUUACUUGGUUGAGUAAAGUGUCAUCCCAGCUGAUGUUUAUUGGUAAUUAAACUUAAUUUACAACACCUGUACAUUUUUAUCAGCUUUGUUUUACGUUGACAAUUCUUGACAACUUUUCCUGUGUACAUACGUCUGUGAGUAUACGUGAGAGAGAAAGAGAAGCACACAUGUAUAUACACAUAUGUAUACGUGUAUAUAAAAAUAUAUAUAGACACACAUAUUUGUAUACAUACACACAUGCACAUAUAUAUACAAAUGUACAUUAAUAUAUAAGAUAUAUAUAUAUAUAUAUAUAUACACAGCUAUCAUCUGCUCACAAUUUGUGAAAUAAUACUUCGGUUAUUUCCAGUUAAUCCCACACAGUUGCACAGAGACACACAAACACACAGUCUCAUAAAGUUACAAAUGCAUACAAAUACUU